CACCCUUGCAAUCUCUCAUCACCAUCGCCGGCCUUUACUUCGUUGCGCUCAUCCUGCACAAUGGCAUGACGCCUUCUCCUCUCAAUCCAGAGCUAUAGCAUGGCCGCCCGACUUGCCCUUCCUUGGCAGCGAGCUAGUCGUAGCACGACGUCAGGCCUUUUGCCGCCUCCAUUAUCAAGAGGCUACUUUCACCCACAUCCACCGGGAGAGCGCAAAUCUCCAAAGAAGCCGCGCAGAUCAAAGGAUGGGGUGAAGCGCAAUGGGAGGGGUAAAGACAGCUAUGGCGCAAAGCCUGCUGCCGACCUUCCCCGCCUCAACAUGUCCCACCUGCAGCAUCUUUCUCCCCUCCCUUCACCUGCGCUCGCUACCACGACAGCUUCCGAGCGCGCUGCCCGCCUUUCUCGGCUCUUCACGCUGCUCGAUGCAGGGCACUCAGCACCCUUCGCCGAACUGGAAGCCGCUUUCAGGGACGUUGUAGUACAUCUACCCGGAGGUGCCUCUCUCCUCUCGGUGGAGGAGACGCGCUCACUCCUCGCAAGGCUGGACGGCCGACACGACCUGGGAACGGGCAAAGCCUUGGAAAUGGCUCGCAUGCUCACGACCUGCGCACGUACGGCGAGGCAGAGAUUGGAGGAAUACGGCGGGUCACCGCGCGAGGUCCAGGAGUGGCGACGCUUGUUGGGCGCACAGACGACGGCGAGGACUUUGGUGAUGCUCAUUACGCGUGGGUCGUGGAUGGUCGGCAAGUCGGACGUGGUGGAGGCCAUGGAAGCUUUGCGAAUGCUGGAUGAAGAGAGACCGAUCAGCAGAUCGCAGUCAAGGGGCAGCCGGCUGAACCUUUUGUUGGACGUCGUGGCGCGGGCGGCGUACGAUCAGAAGGGGGAGGCAGGUGAGCUCGCAGCGGAAGACCAUGUUCCAGGACACACAGAGGAGCUCCUUGACCCGGAAAGCCAUCCGCUCAAGCCUUGGACUUGGCCUGUUCUCACCGAUCCAAACAGGCCCUUAGACGUAGCUACGGCUGCGGCGGUGUUCGAACGCAUUUGGACGACCAUGGAGACUGAGGGCAUGGGGUUCAAAGCCUUUUCGUAUGCCUCGAGGCUCAAGAUGGAGGGCAAGAAGGCGCGAAGCGAACUGCUGGCCAGCCUUGCAAAGUGGGCUACCGGCCGCCCAGGAGCGCAGUCGUCUGCCACCGCAGAUGCUAAGAUCUUCGGCUUCGACCGGGUCCGCCAAAGCCUUGUAGAAGCCCACGACUUCGGCCUGCUCUCUGCAGCACACAUACACGAAGCUCUUGGACAGUAUUCGAAGCUGUCCUUUGCACUGCGAGAAGCCAUGACAGAGCUACGCGUUGAUGAACACAGGCACCAGCCGAUCCUGCGAUCCCUACUCGCCGCUCAGUCUCAACGCGAGGCAGAGCGUGCCUUCAUCUCAAGAUCCAGUGUCACUGCUGCAUCACCGUCGUCCACGCUGCUGCUACCGUCAGUUGAUGAGCAGAUACGCCAAGUCUACGAAGCGCUACGCUGGAACACUGUGCGAAGCGAGAUGGCUCUGUUGCGCGCGUCGAAGGAGAGAGCGGAGGGUGAAGCAGCAAGGCAGAGGAAGCCUACUGUUUUCGAACAGCUAUUCGGCCUCACACCAUCACUCGGCAGGCCUGCUACGUCAAUCGCUGCAGCGACUGACCACGAGGCAGAGCCGUACCCACAGCCGGCAGGGGCGACAGCGGAGGAGGUAGUUCCGCUCCUGGGCAUCCCCUUACCCUCCCAUAUUCACGCGACGUCAAUGACGCAAGAGGUGCUCAUACGCCACUACGCCCUCGUCAGCGGAGACUUCAACGCAGUGCAAGAGGUGGUGGAGGACUAUCGCUCUUCCCUCGACCCUGGCGUUGCGCCGCCGAAAAUCACGAGCCUCUUCCUCCGCCAACACGGUCAGAACGAAGAGGAGGGAAGGGAGAGCGAACACCAUCCGUUGCGCGUUGGGACCCUCUGCUCCGUCAUUCAAGGCUUUUCAUUCCGUGGCGUACCUUUUGUCCUGUCCUACGAGGAGGAUGAAAGUGGGCGAAGACGAGAGGUUUGGCAUCCUCGCGAGGACUUACUGACGGAUGGAGAACAUCCCAGCCUAGCUUGGAACAUCAAUCACCUUAAUACCUACGUGGAAGAGCUUCUCAUGCUCAAGCCUCGUACUGCGGCUAUGCGGAUCAAGGAGGCAGAGCGGGAGAAAGAGAGACAGAGAUUGGCCAACAUCACGGUCAAGGCCACAAUCUCCAAGCUUAGAGAGAACGGGCCGAGCACUGCUGGGGAUGAGAGUCAAUCUCGUCGCGAUGACGCCUCUUCUCCGGCUACGUGGGAGACGCAGCUUGAUUUGUCCCCUUCACCUCGGCAGGUCUUCUUCAUCCUGACGGCGCUGCGACGUUGCAUGGGGGACGAGCACGACGGGCGAGUUCUCGAUGUGUGGGAGAGAUUGGAGGCCAAGUUCGGAUACCGCAGCAGGCUUCAUGGCGCGGCAGAGACCUCUUCGUCAAAGACGACGGAGCAGCAUAGUCGUCCCAAUGCUUUCGGGUGGCGCGGCUGGCGUGUUGACAAUCGUGUGCGGAGACUGGUCGACUUUCUGAAGGAGAGGGAGGAGGAGAGAGGAAAAGAGGUGCAGAGAAGGUUGAAGGAGGAGAGUGAUGACCAGGAGUAUCCUCAAUUGUAAUAUAGCACUCAAUCAUGAGAUUCAUUGCACGCUUC